AUGAAGUUUCACGCAACUGCCCUUACACUUGCAUAUUUGGCAAACUCUGCUUCGGCAGCAGUGGCCCAGCCGAGAAGUGAAGCAAUUGAGUCUAUUACUCCCGAAGGCAAGACGUUUUCCAUCUCUCAAGUAUAUAACGAACGUUACAAAGGAACCAAUGUCCCCGCCACCUACAUUGCAGCUCUGGCAAAAUAUAGCCCCCAGCUCCCGGAGCAUAUCAAACAUGAUCACGGGCUGAUUGAAGAAACAGGCAAUCAGACGGGCACUGCCGUUGCCACACCAUCUCCGGGAGCCGAUUCAGAAUAUGUUAUUCCUAUCAAGAUUGGCACACCACCUCAAACCGUGCCAAUAAACCUUGAUACCGGUUCAUCAGACCUUUGGGUCUUCUCGACAGACACAUAUCCGUCUCAAGUCCAAGGCCAGGCUAUUUACAACCCCGGUGCCUCAAACACAAGCUCACGCCUGAGUGGACUAUCAUGGGUUAUCAAGUAUGGAGACGGUUCCAGCGCCAACGGCAUCGUCUACAAGGACCGUGUACAGAUCGGCAACACCUUCUUCAACGCACAGUCCGUUGAGUCUGCCAUCCAAGUCUCGGAAGACAUCAGCGACGACACCUUCUCGUCCGGCAUUCUGGGUGCCGCCGCCAGUUCUGGCAAUACAGUUCGUCCCACCAAGCAGAAGACAUACUUUGACAACAUCAAGGACCAGCUCGUGAAGCCGCUCUUCACCGCCAACCUCAAGAAGGGCAAGCCCGGCAACUACAACUUUGGCUACAUCAAUGCCUCCGAGUACACGGGCGCCAUCCAGUAUGCAGCCAUCAACCCCAAGAGCCCCCUGUGGGAAAUCUCCGUCAGCGGUUACCGUGUCGGCAGCGACGACACAAAGUACGUAAACCGCACCUUUAACGCCAUCGCCGACACUGGCACCACACUGCUCUUGGCAACCACCGACAUCGUCAAAGCCUACUAUGCGCAGGUCAACGGCUCGAUCAUGAGCAGCCAAGUGGGAAUGAUGGUGUUCCCUUGCACCGCGAAGCUGCCCGACUUUGCCUUUGGACUGGGCAAGUACAGAGGCAUCGUCCCAGGCCCUUAUAUGAAUUAUGGAAAGAUCAACAGGACGUACUGCUACGGCGGCAUCCAGGAUAACGAGGGCGCGCCGUUUAGCGUCUUGGGAGACAUUGCUCUGAAGGCUCAGUUUGCCGUCUUUGACUUUGGCAACAAGGUUGUAGGGUUCGCGAACAAGAACACCACUGUCUAG